CCGGCGCCGCCUGUUUCAGCCGUCUCCCCCGUCUGCUUGCCUGCAAUCAGCUCCGGCCACCAGACUAAAAUCAAAGCAAAUCGAGAUAAAAAUACAGGGAAGAGGAGCUUAUUCCAAGAUGGCCUCGGAAAGCAAUAUGGAGCAAAUUGUGGAUGUUGGAUCAGUUGUAGAAGCUAUUUCUGCCGACGAUGACAGUUCUGCUCCUCUCUACCAGGUUGAAAGCCUCUGCAUGCGCUGCGGCGAAAAUGGAACUUCAAGGUUUUUGUUAACUUUAAUUCCACAUUUUAGGAAGGUCUUGUUGUCAGCCUUUGAAUGCCCACAUUGUGGUGAGAGGAAUAAUGAAGUUCAGUUUGCCGGCGAGAUUCAACCCAAGGGGUGUUGUUACAGUUUGGUAGUCCCAUCAGGAGAUCAGAAGAUGUUUGACCGACAAGUUGUGAAAUCUGAGUCUGCUACCAUAAAGAUUCCUGAGCUGGAUUUUGAGAUACCUCCAGAGGCUCAACGUGGAAGUUUGUCAACAGUUGAGGGAAUAUUGGUGCGAGCAGCAGAUGAACUAGAGGCCCUUCAAGAAGAACGCAAGAAGGUGGAUCCUCAGACUGCGGAAGCUUUAGACCAAUUUUUGUUGAAGUUGAGAGCUUGUUCUAAAGGAGAGGCAUCCUUUACUUUCAUCUUGGAUGAUCCCACAGGGAACAGCUUCAUUGAGAACCCGUUUGCGCCCUCCCCUGAUCAGUCAUUAAAUAUCAAGUUCUAUGAUCGAACACCUGAGCAACAGGUGUCACUUGGAUAUCUUGUUGACCAAUCACAAUUGGAAGGAGCUUCUGGUGCAGCAUCAACUGAGGGAAUAGGCAAUGCUUCAGAGCAAACGAGAGAACCACAUGGAUCAGUUGGGGCUGCAGCUGGUCAUAGAGCCAUUGCACAGAGCAAUAGUUCUGAUAUUGCAGAAGCUCUAUUUAGGUACUCUGCCCCAGAAGAGGUUAUGACUUUCCCAUCAACGUGCGGAGUUUGUGCUGCCAGGUGUGAGACUCGAAUGUUUGUCACAAAGAUUCCAUACUUUCAAGAAGUAAUCGUCAUGGCAACCACUUGCGAUGCUUGUGGCUAUCGGAACUCUGAGUUGAAACCUGGGGGGCGAAUUCCUGAGAAUGGAAAGAGAAUUACUUUGUGUGUGAAAAACAUUAAUGAUUUAAGCCGUGAUGUAAUUAAGUCAGAUACAGCAAGUGUAAAAGUUCCAGAACUUGACUUGGAGUUGGCCAGUGGCACACUGGGUGGCGUUGUUACAACAGUUGAAGGUUUGAUUACAAAAAUUAGUGAAAGCCUUGAAAGAGUUCAUGGAUUCACUUUUGGAGAUAGUCUUGAUGAAAAUAAAAGAAAGAAGUGGACUGACUUCAAAGAAAGGCUGAACAAGAUUUUGGGCAUGGAGCAGCCUUGGACUUUAAUUCUGGAUGAUGCAUUAUCAAAUUCUUUUAUUGCUCCUGCAACAGAUGAUAUCAAAGAUGACCAUCAGUUAAUGUUUGAGGAAUAUGAGAGAUCAUGGGAGCAGAAUGAGGAACUAGGUCUCAAUGACAUUGACACUUCUUCAGCUGAUGCUGCUUAUGACUUAGCAAGAGUGACAGAAAAGGAGGGGACAAAAGCCGAGUAGAUAAACAAAAUUUAUCAGAAAGCCAAGGUCACCUCCUCUCUCAUUUAUUUCUAUAGAGGUGUAUUGGCAGAGAGCAGUGCUGUUUGUUGUGUUUUUCUGUACUUCACAUUUCUUGAGUCAUCGUGUCUAUUGUGGACUGUUUUUUAAAAUUUCGGCUGGUAGAUGGACUUAUACACUUUGUAUUUAUUGUUCUUGACCUCAAUUGAGCAUCUCAGAUUAAACAACACAUUGUCAGCACCAGAUAGCAUAUGAUAGAAAAUUCUUAAAACCAUAUUCUUGCUAAUUUAGCAGGGAAGAGUUCUACAAACAUAUAUAAAGUAUAAACGCCACUGUUCCUU